UCCAAAGCAGGGAGCGAGCACUCCUGGAAGCUGUGACAGUUAACUCCUGAUUAAUACUCAGUGGUAAGAGGGCAUCUUAGAAACAUGAGAUCACAAAAACAGAGGAACAAGACUGCCCAAACUCCUGACGGAGAAUCUCUCCGCCUGUCCCAGAGCACAGUGAGCUGCACGGUGUUUGCUUGUGUGUUUGCGGUGUAUGUUAAGACGUUACUCCCCUCUGUACCUGGCGGUGACUCUGGGGAGCUGAUCACAGCCGCAUACGAGCUUGGAGUUGCACACCCUCCUGGUUACCCUUUGUUUACUCUGCUGGCAAAACUGGCGAUCGUAGUGGUGCCAGUCGGCUCUGUUGCUUAUCGUGUCAACCUUCUCAGUGGUUUCUUUGGUGCAGUGGCAGCCUCUCUUCUUUGUUAUACAACAUCCAGGCUCUCUGGCUCGCAUGCGGCAGGGAUCCUCGCUUCGGGCUUGUUUUCAUUUUCCCGUCUGACAUGGCAGUGGUCCACCGCAGCCGAGGUGUUCAGUCUAAACAAUUUGUUUGUGGCACUAUUAAUGGCUCUAACAGUACGGUUUGAGGAGGCAAAGACUGCGAAAGACAGAUCAAAGAUAUCUCAGAUUGGAGCUUUAUGCUGCGGUUUCAGCCUGUGCAAUCAGCAUACCGUCGUACUCUACGUACUGUUCAUUGUAUUGUGGGUCCUUUAUCACCAGUUCACGAGAAAGGAAUUAUCUGUCAGCUCUUUACUGAAGUUGGGUGCAUGCUUUGUAGCCGGACUUCUGCCAUAUUUCUACCUAAUUGCCUCCUCAUUCCUCAACCGAGCCCGCUGGACCUGGGGAGACCAGACGACCUUUCAAGGGCUUUUCACUCAUUUAUUAAGAGAAGAAUACGGAACGUUCAAUCUGGCUAAAGGAGAGACUGGAACUAGCAUGGCUGAAAUGUUAAGGUUUCAGGGGAAUCACAUGACCACUGAGCUCACGCCAUUGGCUGCAGGUCUGGCUAUACUAGCGCUGUUAUUCUGUUUCACGUCUCAGGACGUGAAGAUUUCAGUGGUUUGUUUAUUCACUGAAAUGCUUCUUUGCUAUUCGUUAUUCUUCGCAUGGAGAGCAAAUUUAGACAUAACUAGACCCUUAUUCCUUGGUGUGGUUGAAAGGUUUUGGAUGCAGAGUAACGCUGUGGUUUGCGUUUUGGCGGGUCUUGGACUGAACGUGUUCACUCGCAUCCUUAAAAGCAGAAUCAUCAACUCUCAACUGCCGCAGUUUCUAGAAUGGACUUUUGCAGUUGUGGUUAUUGCUAACCAAGUCACAAGCAACUUCCGCAUUUGUGACCAAAGCAGCAACUCUGUGAUUGAUAAAUUUGCAAGAAAUCUUUUGUUGUCUAUUCCAAAUAACUCGAUCAUUUUACUGAGAGGUGACUUGCCGGGAAACUCCUUGCGGUAUCUGCAGAACUGCGAAGGCCUGAGGCCUGACCUAGCGCUUGUGGACCAAGAGAUGAUGACGUAUAGAUGGUAUUUACCGAAAAAUGCAAAGCACAUUCCCAAUGUCUAUUUUCCUGGAAGCAGAUGGAAUUCUCUGGGAACCAAGCUACUUGAUGGGACAGUUACUUUUAACCUUGAACAUUUUCUUAAAGUAAAUGAACAGAGGGAGACAUUUGUGUGCAUUGGUUUACAUGAAGGAGACCCAUCCUGGAGGAAAACCCAUUUGCUGUGGCCCUGGGGGUCCUGUGAGAAGUUAGUCCCUAAAAACACAAUUUUUAAUGCAGAGGAAUGGAUUAAGUACACAACAAAUCUUUAUAACUGGACUGAAGAAUAUGAAAGGUUUGAUUCUUCAUCCUGGGAAGCAAUUGCAAAUGAAGAGAUGUGGGAAGCAAGAACAAAAACAGCCUUCUUUAUUUUUGAACUGGCAGAAACCGCUCCUGUAUCUCCAGGUGUCAAAAACCAACUGUACUUUUAUUCUUACAAGUUGUACAGAGAUGUUGUCAAUGCGUAUACAAACCACCCAAUCAACUGGCAUAAAAACUACGCAAUUGCGUGUGAAAGAAUGUUACGCCUACAGCGCAGUGACAUUAACCAAGAGAUGCUUCUUGCUGACACUGUAAAACACUUUGCCAUAUAUGCAGAAAAGGCAACUGAAGACACCCAAAGGGACACAAUAUUCAAAGCCGUAAAGUACCUGAAAGGGGAACUUCUUAGGCUACAGAAAAUGAGAAAAAACUUCAAAGACAACAAGAGUUAACUGCAUUUUUUGUUGUUGUAUGUCCUUAAUGUAAAAGACUCCUGCACUGAAAUAUUUUAUGGGUUAAUAUGUUGUGGAACACACAAGGAGAAAUAAGGAUUUUCAUUCAUGAAGAAAAGAGCAUUUUUAGCUGUCAAUCUGCUGGGUCUGUAUCACUGUAAAGUAACUAUUCUGUAUAUUUAUACCAAUGUUGGACCUUAUUUGCCCACACAAGAGAUGUGUAUGUAGAUAGAAAGAUAGAUAUAAAUACAUAUGUGUGCGUCUAUCUAUCUAUCUGUUUAUGUGUAUAUAUUUGUGUGUGUGUAUAAAUAUAUAUAUAUAU